AUGCUUAAGUAGUAAAAUGAAUAAGUAGAGGAAGAUGAGUAUUAAGAUGCAAUAAGUUAUACUUCUUUAGAGAAGUUAGCAAUUCCAGGUUUUGGUGGAGUAGAUAUAUAGAGAUUAAAAGAUGCAGGAUUUACAACAUGUGAAUCAAUAGCAUAUACAGCUAAAAAGAAUUUAAUGAAUAUAAAAGGGAUGACUGAUGCAAAGAUAGAAAAAUUAGUUGAGGGUGUAGCUAAAUUAGUAGUAAAUUAAUUUAAGCCAGCAACAGAUGUUUUAAAAUAAAGAGAGAGAAUAAUUCAUGUUUCAACAGGGAGUACAAAAUUUGAUAAGUUACUUAGAGGAGGUAUAGAGACAGGCGGUAUAACUGAAAUGUUUGGUGAAUUUAGAACAGGAAAGUCUUAGAUUUGUCAUACAUUAGCAGUAACAUGUUAGAUGAAUGAUGGAAAAGGAAGACCAGGAGGGAAAUGUUUAUAUAUUGAUACUGAAGGAACUUUUAGGCCAGAAAGACUUAGUGAGAUAGCAAAAAGAUUUGAAUUAGGAGUUGAAGAAGUUUUAGAGAAUGUUUCUUUUGCAAGAGCUUAUAAUGUAGAUGAAUAAAUGAAGUUACUAAUAUAAGCAUGUAAUUUAAUGUCAACAGAUAAAUAUGCAUUAUUAAUUGUUGAUAGUGCAACAGCUUUAUAUAGAACUGAUUAUUUAGGCAGAGGAGAAUUAUCAGCUAGAUAAAAUCAUUUAGGAAAGUUUUUAAGAAAUUUAUAAAGAUUAGCAGAUGAAGUAUAAUUUUAAAGUAUUAUUUAGUUCAAUAUAGCAGUAGUAAUCACUAAUUAAGUUAUGAGUUAAGUUGAAGGUACAAUGAUGGCCAUGGGAGAUAUGAAAAAACCUAUUGGAGGUAAUAUUAUUGCUCAUGCUUCAACAACUAGAUUAUAUUUGAGAAAAGGAAGAGGAGAAAAUAGAAUUGUCAAAAUUUAUGAUUCACCUUGUUUACCUGAAUCAGAAGAAUAAUACACCAUUUCACCUGGAGGGAUUGAUGAUUGUGCUGAUUGA